AUGCCUCUGUUAUCUGCAGGGUUGAGGAUUGUACUGCUGGGUAAGAGUGGAGCUGGAAAGAGUGCAACAGGAAACACCAUCCUGGGGAAAAAGGUUUUUAAAGAAGAUUCAUUUUUUGACUCUGCCACUUCAGUUUCUCGUAACGAGAGUGGAAGGGUGUUUGGGAGGCAGAUCACAGUGGUCGACACCCCAGGACUGUUUGAUACAUCUAAGACACCAGACGAGCUGAAAAGUGAGAUAGAGAAGUGUGUGGCGAUGUCUGUUCCUGGGCCUCACGUCUUCCUGCUGGUGAUCAGAUUAGGGGUGAGAUUCACAGAGGAGGAGAGGAAUGCAGUGAAGUGGAUCCAGGAGAACUUUGGCAAGAGAGCGGCAGAGUUCACCAUGGUACUGUUCACUCAUGCUGAUCAGCUGAAGGGGAAAUCUGUGGAACACAACUUCAAUGAAGACAUUCGGAACAUCAUAGACAGCUGUGGAGGAGGAUAUCACUCCUUUAAUAAUUUAGAGCGGGAUGACCAGACUCAAGUGGAAGAGCUGCUGGAGAAGGUUGAUGCCAUGGUGGAGAAGAAUGAUGGAGAACACUACACAAACAAGAUGUACCAGGAGUCUCAGAGAAAGAUGGAAGAAGAGGAGGAGAGGAAGAGACAGGAGGAGGAGGAGAGAAGAAAGGAGGAUGAGAGGAAGAUCAGAGAAGAAGAGCGGAAGCAGGUAGAGGAAGAUUUUAGAAAGGCUGAAGAGGAGAGGAAGAGAGAAGAAUUUUACCGAAAAGUAGUUUUAAAAGUGAUAGUAGCUGGCUUGACACUACGUUGUAACCUUGGUUUCCCCACAGGGUUGAGGAUUGUACUGCUGGGUAAGAGUGGAGCUGGAAAGAGUGCAACAGGAAACACCAUCCUGGGGAAAAAGGUCUUUAAAGAAGAUUCAACUUUUGAGUCCGUCACAUCAGUUUCUCUUAAGGAAAGUGGAACGGUGUUUGGGAGGCAGAUCAGAGUGGUCGACACCCCAGGACUGUUUGAUACAUCUAAGACACCAGAUGAGCUGAAAAGUGAGAUAGAGAAGUGUGUCAACAUGUCUGUUCCUGGGCCUCACGUCUUCCUGGUGGUGAUCAGAUUAGGUGUGAGAUUCACAGAGGAGGAGAGGAAUGCAGUGAAGUGGAUCCAGGAGAACUUUGGCAAGAGAGCGGCACGGUUCACCAUGGUACUGUUCACUCAUGCUGAUCAGCUGAAGGGAAAUACAUUGGAACAAAACUUCAAUAAAGACAUUUGGAACCUCAUAGACAAGUGUGGAAGAAGAUAUCACUCCUUUAAUAAUUUAGAGCGGGAUGACCAGACUCAAGUGGAAGAGCUGCUGGAGAAGAUUGAUGCCAUGGUGGAGAAUAAUGAUGGAGAACACUACACAAACAAGAUGUACCAGGAGGCUCAGAGCAAGAUGAGAGAAGAGGAGGAGAGGAAGAGACAGGAGGAGGAGAAUAAAAGAAAGGAGUAUGAGAGGAAGAUCAGAGAAGAUGAGCGGAAGAAAGCAGAGGAAGAUCAUAGAAAGGCUGAAGAGGAGAGGAAAAAACAAGAGGAGAAUGAACAAUUUUACCGAUAUGUUGUAAUAGCCUUCAAGGGUAUUAUUUCCCAGCAACAGGUAUACAAACUCGUAAUUGACUACAUUGUUGGAGAUUUACAGCCUCUGAGUAACGUGGAAAAGCCCUCCUUCAUCAGACUAGUGACUAGGGAGCGGGAUGACCAGACUCAAGUGGAAGAGCUGCUGGAGAAGAUUGAUGCCAUGGUGGAGAACACUGGUAACCAGUAUUACCAGAGAGAUCUGGAGACUGGACAAGAUGUCGGCUACGAUGGAGAAGAGUAA